AUGUGUGGACUCCUCGGUCGCUGCGUAGGCGGUCAAAGAACCGCCUGCAAAUGCAUGAGCCUGCGAACCUUCACGGUUGUGUGGCUGGUCGUAUAUACCCUCGUCGCGCUGUUUGAACUCGUCGCGGGCUCGUACCUGACUUCCGCUCGCCAGAUGGUGGACACCAUCUUGGAAAAACUUCGCGAAAUCGCCUUCAAUGCGGGGACCGAAAGCGUCGCAGACUACUACUACGAAGUCCUCCAGGCGUCGUUCGGAACGCUGUGGAAAACGGGGACAGCCCUCACGGUGUUGAGAGGGCUCAUCGACCUCGGUGGAGCAGCGUUCGGGAUUUACGGUGUAUGGACGAAGAAAAGCUGGGCCUUGUACACCUUUCUGGGCUUCAACAUUGUGAAUUUCGCCGUGGAUUUCAUUCUCUUCAUUGCCGCAAUGUCUGUGGUCAGUGCCCUGUACAUCGGCUGGUUCUAUCCGUCUGCCUACUUGGUGGUCUUCGCCCUCUACGGAUGGCUAGCCAUCAUCGGGCCGUACGUCACCGUCGUGCUGCUCAGUUACAUCUGGGUUGUUGGGGCGGGCGGCACUGGAACGGAGAGGAAGUCGUACUACGAUUUGCAGGAGGAGCAAGAGAAGUUGGCGGCCAAGACAGCAGGAACGCCUGCAAACGCUCGAGACGACGACGCAGUGACGGUCGCAGGUGAGGGUGCGCCGGAGCGGCAGCCACUCCUUAAGACAGCCGCCGACCCCGACAGCGUCGUAGUUGUAGAAACUCCAGAUUACCACGGCCAGAUGCAGACAGAAUAG